CUAAUUAAUGCCGAGUGCCGAGUGACUGAAUGAGUGGAUAGAUAACAAAAUAACCGCCAAUCGCCAUUGUCCCAUUGCGCAUUUGCGCCAUUUUUAAUUUAUCUGAUUCUUUUUCUUAUUUUCUUUCACCAGAACGGUUAUUAAUACGACUGCCGAGUGCCGACUGUUGUGGCUGAGAAGCUGUACCAUUAAUGCAUGUUGAUGUGCCGAUGUGCCGUACUAUCAAUGUCCUUUCUUUGAGACACGACUAUGGGAAAUAUGCAUUAGAUUAAACCAUAAAACCACCAUGCAAGUCGCAAGAUAUUAAAUAAUAACCGUUUUCUUUCGACUUUUCGUGUAAUUGUGUGCUCCGUACUUCCAUGGACAGCUGUACAUGGCAUUAGUGCCUACUGCCUUUAACGUGUGAUCACAUUUGCACAUAAUAAAAGGUACAAUGGCAGUAAAAAGAAAGGAUAAAACUGAUAAUCAUGACACCCCUGCGAAAAACAAAAGAAUUAGACAAGAAAAAGUUGGUGACUUUUCCGAUGAUGAAGACUUGUCAGACAUUGAUGACGCAGAUAUAUUCAAUGGUAUCCGCAUACCGGUUGAAUUACCUCCAAUUAAAUCAGCUGAAGAGAAUCCUGGGCCUCGCAUGGUUAUUACAGAAAUUGUUGCCAACAACUUUAAAAGUUAUUUUGGCGAAGUUACUAUUGGGAAAUUUCAUAAGAGUUUAACAAGUAUUGUUGGUGCUAAUGGUAGUGGAAAGAGUAAUGUCAUUGAUUCUUUACUUUUUGUGUUUGGAUACCGGUCUUCAAAAAUUAGAUCAAAAAAAGUAUCAGUACUCUUACAUAAAUCAGACAAGCAUAAAGAUGUUUGCCAAUGUUCUGUCACUGUUCAUUUUGUACAUAUUCAAGAUGAUAUCACAGCACAAACCGGAUUUGUUCCUAUUCCAGGUACUGAAAUAAAAAUUACACGCACAGCAUUUAAAGACAAUACAUCAUUUUAUACAUUAAAUGACAAACGAGUUAAGUUUAAGGAUAUAGCAAUUAUUUUAAAGAAAAAUGGAAUAGAUUUAGUUCAUAAUAGAUUUCUUAUUCUUCAGGGGGAGGUCGAACAAAUUGCUAUGAUGAAACCUAAAUCUGAAAAUGACCAUUCAACCGGUAUGUUAGAAUAUUUAGAAGAUGUUAUAGGCACUGUGAGAUACAAGAAACCAAUAACUAAACUCGAAGAAAGAGUAAAAGAUUUAUCAUUGGAGAAAAAUGAAAAAAUAACUCGUUUGAAAUUUGUUGCAAAAGAAAGAGAGGAACUUAUAGAACCCGUAGAAGCUGUGAUUAAUUAUCUAAAAUUAGAAAACCGAAUCACUCGAUUGAGUAAUAAAAAAUACCAAAAAGAUAGAUUCGAUGUUGAAACAAUAAUAGAAACUAAAACUGAAACUCAGAAUAAGAUGAAUGAUAAAAUAAAUUCUAAUGAAAAAGAAAUAAAUACAAUUUCUAAGGAUAAGAAGCAAUUUGAAAAAAAAAUACAAGAUUUAUCUGAAAAGUUAAAAUCCGAUCACUUAAUAUUAAAAAAAAAUGAAGAAAAACAUAAGAAAUGCUUACGUAGAAAAGGUCAAUUAAAUGAUGAAUAUAACCAGGCAAAAGCGCAGAUUACCAAAUAUGAAAAUUCUAUACAACAGGAACAAAAAAAGAUAACUAAAGCUGAAGGUGUACCAAAAAUUAAAGAGGCUGAAUUGAAGAAAUUAAAAUCAGAAUUACCAACUUUAGAAGAGAAAUGCAUAGAACUAGAAGCAAAUUAUACAAAAGUAAAUUCUAGUGGUUUUGAAAAAUCAAAAAAAUUCAGGGAUGAAAAAGAUGUAUUGGCCCCUGAGGAAUUAAAAUUGCAGAAACUUGUUGGUACUAAACAAAAUCAAUUUCAAACCUUAAAAACUGAGUUUGAGGUACUCAUCGAUACUGAGAAAUCUGAAAAAGAAAAAUUAAUUAAUCUGGAAGAACAAAUGGCGGGUGGAGUUGAAAAGUUCCAAGAAAAUAUGAGAAAAAAAGAAAAAGCAGAAGCAGAUAUACAUAUUAGUAAAGAUAUAAUUAAAGAACUAGAAAUCAAAAUAAAAAAAUUAAAUGAAGAUGAGAUACAGUUGAAAACUAAACUACAAAAUAUACGUCAGAGUUUAACUGAAAAACGAACAGCUUAUGCAGAAACAACUGAAAGAAGCCGACCUAUUCAAUACAUUCUAAAUUUAAAAGACAAAGGAGAAAUCCAUGGACUUCUUGGUAGAUGUGGAGAUUAUGGACAGGUAGAAGGUAAAUUUGACAUUCCUGCGUGUACAGCUUGUGGUUCUACAGAUCAAAUUGUUGUCGAAACAUCAGAUGCAGCUCAUGCAUGCAUUCAAAAAUUGAGGACCAAUAAUAUUGGUCGACUGACAUUUUCAAUCAUGCCUCAAGUUCAAAAAUUGAAACCCCGUGCUGAUUCAAAUAAUAACUAUCCUGAAAAUGCGAAAAGAGUUUUUGAUUUUAUUAAAAUAUUAGAUCAACGUUUCAGACUCACAUUUUAUUCUGGUUUGUAUGAUACUUUACUCGCUGAAGAUUUAGAACAAGCAAGAAGAAUAGCAUUUGGUACUCAAACUCGUUAUAGAGUUGUUACAUUUAAAGGAGAUUUAAUUGAUCAAUCAGGUAUCAUGUCUGGGGGUGGAAGGCCUAUUAAAGGUAAGAUCGGUCCUCAAGAAAUAAGAUCGAGAUAUGCAACUGGCAAUUCAUCUCUGGUGAGUCAAAAUGAAGUAGAAAAUCUAGACAAAACUGCUAAAGAUUUGGAAAUUAAAUUGAGAGAAACACAAUCUAACAUUUUUGAUUUCCAAGCUAACAUAGAUCAAAAUCUUAGACAAAUUGAAGAUCUAAAUAUAAUUGUUAAAGAGUGUUCAUCGCGUAUAAAUGCAUGGAAUGAAAAAGAAAACCAACUAAAAAACAUGAUUAAAACUCAAAAAUUAGAAAUUAUAAAAAAAAAAACAGAUCCAAUAGCAGUUGCCAAUAAGAAAUCGGAAAUCCAAGAAGCAGAAAAAGAAUUGCAAGAAUCAAAAGUAGAGUAUGACAAGAUUAAGUCUAAAAUGGAUAGUUUGAAGAAACAAAUUGAAGAAAUUACUCAAAGACAGCCUCAAGAAGCUAAACGUUUGUUAGAUCAAGCAACUACAAAGUUAGAAAAUACUCGUCAUCAGAUUAAUCAAGUUGAUAUUGAUAUACAGGGGGCCCAAAGGCAAAUAAAAAAAUCAGAAAGUCAAAUUCAAACUUUGAAAGAUGACAUUAUUGAAUGUAAGAAAAAUAUGGAAUCCAUUACAGAAGAGUUGAAUAAAAAUGAAAUUCUAGUAAUUGAAUUGAGUGAAAAGAAUAAAGAAAUUACUAUAAAUAUAGAAGAACAAAAAACAAAAAUCAAGGAAAUGACUAGUGAAGACGAUAAGAACCUAAUCAAAACAAAUGAGUUACGUUUAGAAAACAUUAAAUUAAAGAAUGAUCUUGACAACAUUACAGCUGAAAUAAAAUUAAGUAUGGAACAACUUAACGAUACAAAUGCUAAGAUAAAAAAUUUAAAAUUACAUAAGAUUCCGGAAAUUGAUUGUGCUCAACGGGACCCAGUUAUAGAAUCUUAUCAGAAUAUUGGAUCUAAAAACCAUGAUAAAUCUGCUAUAGAUGAAGAUAAUGAAAAAGAAAAAAACAAUGAAACUAAUGAAAUAUCUAAAAAUCAAGAUGACCCGGAUAAGAUGCAAGUUGACGAUGUAGAUGAUGUAGAUGAUGAUUCUGACUUAGAUACCAAAGAAUUGCCUCAAUAUACUACAGAGCAAUUAGUUCAAAUGAAUAAAAUGCAAACCAAUAAUAACAGAGCUACAUUACUUGAAGAAAUGCGUAAUCUCGAUAAACCCAAUUUCAAAAUACUCGAAGAAUUCAAAAAAAGGACACAACAGUACAAUGAUAAAGCAAAUGAAGUGGCCGAAGUCCUGAAGUCAUACAAUGAUCAUAUUGAAAUGAUUAAUAAAGUACGACAACGAAGAAGAGAUGAGUUCAUGGCUUCAUUUAGGAAAAUCACAAUUAAACUAAAAGAGAUGUAUCAGAUGAUAACACUUGGUGGAGAUGCUGAACUUGAACUUGUUGAUUCAUUAGAUCCAUUUAGUGAAGGAAUCAAUUUUAGUGUAAGACCUCCUAAGAAAACAUGGAAAGUAAUAUCCAAUCUAUCAGGUGGUGAAAAAACAUUGUCAUCUUUAGCUCUUGUAUUUGCUCUUCAUUACUAUAAACCAUCACCACUGUAUGUAAUGGAUGAAAUUGACGCAGCAUUAGAUUUUAAAAAUGUAUCAAUCAUUGCAUAUUACAUAAAGGAACGUACAAAAAAUUCUCAGUUUAUUAUAAUUUCAUUACGCUCAAACAUGUUUGAAAAGGCUAAUGUAUUAGUUGGUAUUUACAAAACAAAUGACUGUACUGCAACUUCAUCAGUUACAACAGACAAGUAUCAAGAUAUGUUAAAGGGGGCCUUGUAUAAGUAUUCCAAGAAAGUAGAUUAAUUUUAAGAAAUACUGUAGUUUUUACUGAAUAACUUGAUAACAUUUUUUUUUUCUUAAUUAUUUCUUGUAUUGUAGUUAUUAUAUCAUCCAGUUUUUUUUUAUUUACAUUGAUUUUUUUGAACCUUUGGAAUUUUUAUUACUUUUUUUGGUAAUUUAACAUAUAAAAUUAUAUUAGAAAAUUAUAUUAUAUAUUAUAAACUGAUUGUACCUAUAACAAAUAAAAUAAGAACAUAUUAUAUAAAUAAACUAUA